AUGUCCCGUCUCCUUCGUCUGGAUAGCCGGGUCACAUAUGAGCCUCUGGCAACCGAACACACGUUCAAGACUCAGCUGGAUCGACAGACCCGAAUUAGGUUGUUUUGGUCUUGCUAUAUUCUCGACAUGUUAAUGGCAUCAGGAGUGGAGUCAUUCACCAAUACGAAGAUGACCCCCACAGUUCCACUGCCCUGCUGCGGACAAGACUUUACCCUCGGCACGCCAUAUGAUUAUCAACUACUGACCAGCCAAGAAUGUGAUUUCCCGGAUGAUCAAGCUGGUCGUAUUGGCGUAGAGGUAUGCUUCCUACGACUCAUAUAUUUACGGUCGUAUAUCCUCAGGUAUACCGCAUACAAUCUACCCUCUCGUAUCCGACGUAACAUGUUGACGGAUAGAAGGUUGAUCAGAAAGACCAACUCCGGUACGGAUCUCUGGUUGGAGCAAUCUGACUUUUAUCGCCCUAUAAGAGGGCUACAACAAUGGAUAGCCACGCUUCCAGAACAUCUUAAGUUCACCGAGCUGAACAGUUACAUCCAGCGUGAUCAGCAACAGCUCUCCGCGUUCUACGCAAUCCAUCUGCUUUACCACCAAACUUUCUGUGACUUAUACAGAGUUGUACUACCCGGGUACCGUUUUCCCAUAAAGGAGGCGCUCAAAGAUGCCCCACGGACAUUUAUUUUAGAGUGCCAACACGAGUGUCUAGAACACGCCGAGGCAAUAUCAACCAUCUUGAAACGCGCAAUUCAGCAUGGCCCGGAAGCCCUAGAUGACCCUAUCUCCGGCGUAUGUCUGUACGAGUCUACCAAGAUCCAGGUCAUCAUUGGACGCAGCUGCUCUGCUGGAUUGCCCAUUGAAGAUUGGGACCGCAUCUUGGGGAAUGUAGUGACCAAUCUGAAGGGAGUUGAUCAGUGCUGCACUCACUUGGGAUGGGGUAUCUUACUGGUGAGUAAACUUAGGUACCUUGUCUGCUAG